AUGUAUGGACUUAUUUUUGAAGUUGUCGAAGAGUGGGUCAUCGAGAAAUAUGGGCUCAACGUCUGGCACAACAUAAAGGAGCUUGCUGGUAACAAGAGGAAAGACCAAACAUACCUGCGGCGAGAGCACUAUCAGGAUGAAGAACUUGUGGAUCUCAUCGAUGCCGCCUCUGACAUCCUCAAGAUUUCUGUUACAAGUGUUCUCGAAUCGUUUGGGAGAUUUAUAAUCAUGCAUCACUUUGCCAAUGGAUACGAUGAACUCCUAAAAUGUCAGGGGUCGACCCUGCGCCAAUGGCUUUCAAACCUCAAUGCUAUGCAUGACCACGUACAAAGAAGUUUCCCAGGGGAGAACUUCAUUGCUCCAAUCUAUUGGUGCGAAGAUUGUGACGAGGUCGAAGGCUCUAUUCUUUUACAUUAUUAUACCCUACGGGGAACCUUGUUGGUACCCAUGACCGUUGGUAUCGUCGAGCAAUUGGCGUCUUAUCAUUUCAACCUGGAGGUCAAGAUGGUGCAACUAGCAUUACAGGGUCAAGAUGGAAGCUCCUUUACUUCAUGGCGUAUUUCAGCAGUGGAGGAAUCGCAGAAAUGGAAACUCUCCCCUCAUACAUCUUCCCAAGGCAAUGGGGAAAACAAGCCUGUCAGUUUCGAUGGCGUUUCAUUGCCUGACAAAUGUCCUUUCUCAGGCCGAGCGCUGAAGCGCAGCAACGACAGCACGAACGAUGAGAAAUCUAUAAGUCCAUCAGGAAUAGAAGAAGUCGCUUCAGUUAGCUCUAGCUCUCUUUCAAGACCAAGUGACAGUGACAACGACUUCAGCUUUUCUGGGCAGCACCUCAAAGAGUUGUUCCCUUUUCACAUCCUUGUCGACCAAGCCUUCUCAGUUCUUCAGAUUGGAUCAAAGCUACCAAGACUCCUUGAAAAGUCCAUUUCGCAGCUGGAAGGCUUGCAUAUCAGUGAGAUCGUUCAAAUUACACGACCGGUAUUGGGGUCAUCUUGGGACUGGAAGUCUCUUAAUAAAUUGUCGGAUCAAAACUUUUUCCUCACUCCAACUACACAGACAACCUCGCUACAAAAGAAAGUCUCCAUGGCAGAUAGCACUAUCCGAUUUCAGGCUUCAAUAUAUCGACUGUCACCGACUAAGGUCAUGUUCGCACUGACUCCUCAUGCGCAAAACGUGAAUGAGCUAAACCGAAUGGGCUUGAUGCUAACCGAUCUUCCGCUCUCCAGCUGUCAGCGCGAUGCAGUCUUUUUGGGCGAGCACGUUGCUCAGGAAUCAGACAAAGCUCACAAGCUGGACAAACUCAGCAAGCAACUGAAAAGUGAAAAAGACCUGUCCAACACUCUUCUCAACAACAUGCUUCCUCAAAAGGUCGCCGAGGAUCUUCGGCGAGGAAAGACUGUUGAGCCAACGUUCCAUGAAAAUGUCACACUGUUCUUCUCUGACGUUGUUGGAUUCACCGCCAUCUGCGAUCAAGUCGAGCCGUGGGAUGUCAUUGCCAUGAUGAACCAACUGUACUCAGUGAUGGACUUUCUCGCCAGUCACUUUGGUCUCUACAAGGUUGAGACUGUUGGUGAUGCGUACUUGUGUGCUUCUGGGCUAUUAAAUCCUGAUGAAUAUCACGCUGAGAAGAUGGCGAACUUCGCUUUGGCAGUUCGGGAGUGUGUCCAGCACGUGAAGUCUCCAGUCGAUGGAUCGCCUAUUCAGCUUCGAAUUGGAAUCCACACUGGCAGUUGUACUUCUGGUGUCAUUGGAACAUUGACGCCUCACUACUGUUUGUUCGGUGACAUGGUAAACACAGCGUCUCGACACGAGUCGACGGGUAUGCCGGGCAAGAUCCAAUGUUCGAGUGUGCUGUAUAGUAGACUCGAACAUUUUUCGAAAAUGGAUAUUGGCCAGUACAUCUUUAGCGCACGUGGUCUUGUUGAGAUGAAAGGCAAGGGAGAGCAUUAUACCUAUUGGCUGGAAAGCGCUACAGAAGCAAACACUGGAGUGAACGAGGAAUCCUUGGCAAGUCUUUCAAGGCAGGUUCAAGGAAUACUAGCGACUAAUUCUUGGAAGAAGAGACGCUACUUUGGACGAGGUGGAAUCCUUCGAAAUGAUGCAGAUGCUUCAGACGUAUCUGCUUCGGGAACCUCAUCUCACGAUGGAUCGACCCCAAGCUACACAACUGAAGUUUCGAGUAGCUUGCUUGGCAGCGACGAUUCCGUUCAAAACGGGGAUGAUUUUAUGGAUGAUGAAGACGAUCCAAUGCCACGGAAAACCAUUAUUGAUUUUCCACAGGAAAAUGGGCUGCAGAUACCCCAACCAUGGGGAACGAUAGGAAGUCAAAAGGAAAAAUUUCCUGAGGAAGCGAUAGGUAAAUCUCUCUGUCGGUCACUUGCUACGUGCAUUCAGAAAGAGGGAGAGCGAAUAAGGAUGGUUGAAGAUCAGCUCCGAGCAUUUGUUUCCUCUAUUGCGCAGAUCUAUGAUAGCAGCGCCAACGAGACAUCACUAGAUCACAUUGCUGAAGUCUUUCGACGAGCGAAUUUCCUUUGGGAAGCUAGAGAUCCGAACGAAAGAUCUCCCUACGCACUUGGUGCCAACCCGUGGGACCAUUUCACUCUUCUUUUCAGUGCCUUUAUCCACCGAGUCAAGCAUACUGGAUCCACGAACGCCACUCUUCAGAGUGAGAAGCACCUCAUUGCCCAGAUGUACGAAGGGCAACUGUCUUGUCAGGAGAGACGAUCGGUCGACUUUGCAUUCACCCUACUGGAAGACGAGUUCGGGGAAUUAUAUGACGAAGUCACCUUUGGCUGUCCCAACUUCAGAAGCCUGGUCCGCAAGACAGUUCUCAGCACAGACCUAGAGAAUGAAAGUACCGUUCACAAAAUGCUUGGAAAGUGUGAGAAACUAAACUUGAUGGAUUGUGUGGAUGAGCGACAAAGCCGUGAACGUAAUACGGCAAACAUCGGACUCAUCUUGGCCGUGGCUACAGUCGGGCAAUAUACGCAAUCGCUCGAUCAGUUCCUCCAGUACAUCGGUGAAGCGUAUGACAAAGUGACGAAGGCUUCCGAUAGCAGCAGUUCAGAAAGCUGGUAUCGCGAGCAGCACAUGUUCAUGAAGUAUGUCUUACUCCCCUUGAUCGAAGAAGUGACAUCUGUGUUGCCGCUUUCUGGAUACUUGGAAGAAGGUGCAACGGAAAACAUUGCAUUUUGGGACAAGAGGGGGCAAGAGUGGAUGGUGUCUAGCAGGCUGAAGAAAGCAAAGCUCCAUAGGGCAAUAGUAGGCAGCGCCAUAUCGAAUACAUCUCCGUCAAGUUGCUGCACUCAUUCGCUCUCUGCUACUAGUGAAGGUUCGAGUACUUCCGAGUAUUAUUUGGCAUCUCAGAUGGUGACCGAAGCGGAAUCGUUAUCGAAAGUGAUGGCUCGUUACGAACGAAAGUACGAGACAGUUUUGGGGAAUCUGAUAGCUCUAGCUUACAAAGGGCAGGCCCGUCCAAUGGACCUCGAACAUAAAGGGUUGUCAGAAGUCCACAAACAUUUCAAGGAGCAGGAAUGGUAUAGAUCUCAUGCAGAUAAUGAUGGGGUUCUUCUUCGAUUAUGA